GAAUCACAAUGCAUUUGUUUGUGUGUCUCAUGCACAUAAAUACUUAUUGCUCUUCAAUCUUCAUGCACUCAAAAUACCAAAACAAAGAGACUGUUUUUUUUCUUUUGUUUUGUCUAUGGAGAAAAGCAAGUCAUACCCUGAAUACUCUGAAUUUGGAUUCAGAGAGAGAUCAAAUUCCUACAACUUCAAUGGGCCAUGUCAAAAGGGAAGUGGAUUUUAUGCAGCAAGUGAUGCAGAGAUCAAGAGGAAGAAGAGAAUCAAGUCAUAUAAUGUUUAUGCUGUGGAGAGGAAGCUUAAAACAAGUGUGAGGAACAGCUUCAAGUGGAUCAAGAACAAGUUUGAAGUGCAAUGAUUAUCAGAGAAGAUAAUUUUAUCGAGAAACUAAAAUCAAGAGGUGAGACAUUUAAAGAGCAGAUAUAUAUCAUUUUGCAAAUUAUCAAACUCUCGAG